AUGUCAACACGACAAUCGACCCCAAUGUCUGACCACUCUCACACCGACGGAAUACGCAAGCGUGUGUGCAAAGCGUGCGAUCGUUGUCGUUUGAAGAAAUCCAAGUGUGACGGGUCCAGUCCAUGUUCGCGCUGUCGAGCAGAUAACACUGUCUGUGUCUUUGGGGAGCGGAAGAAGCCUCAUGACAAAGUGUACCCGAAGGGAUACGUUGAAAUGCUCGAGCAACAACAAUCUUGGCUAGUGCACGGCCUACAGGUACUUUACCAUCGUGCUAUCGAAGACGAGAGCUGGUCUGGAGACCUGCUGAAGGCCGAGACCAACGGCCACCCUCUCACCCACGAUAUUCUCACCCGCCUUGGUGUCCUCGAUGGCUCCAAGGGUGAACGGUUCGAAGAAACUUCCGACAUUGCCCAUCGCCAAGAGUCGUCCAAUGGUACCCGCGAGCCAUAUUCGCCUGUGGCUUGUUCGAGCUUCUCGCCUGAUGCACUCUCUCAUCAGGAAAUGCCGCCAACCCCUCCUACGUAUAACACCGUCCCUUCACUUCACACCCCUAUCAAGUCUGAGCCCUCAUCUCACAGUCCGCAAUAUGGGCUAUCGUUACAAGGAGUCGAUGGUCCACUGGGAUCACAACAGUGGCCUACCAACGGAUUCAGUUCGGUUGACAAUUUCAGUCUGUUUGAUGACAUGGAAAUGAACACCAACGCCGACUACAUGGGCCUGCCUUUUGACAACCAUAUUCCAUCGCCCAUGUUCAAUCGGCAAGCGCUCAUGGACUCUGUUGCAUCCAACGACUACGAGGACUUCAAUCAAUUUCUCAACACAAAUCCAGCAGAUAUCCCUUCGAUCUAA